GUGGCCAAAAUGUCAGAGGAGCAGACUGUUUCUCUGGUGGACGUCCUGCAGGAAGAUGAAGAGCUGGAAGAAGAAGCGUCCGCCGUGUUGGCUGGAAGUGACUCGGACCACUGCUCGUAUCCUCAGGGCUAUGUGAAGCGUCAGGCCCUGUACGCUUGCGGCACAUGCACCCCGAAAGGAGGACAAGCAGCUGGCAUGUGUUUGGCGUGUUCCUACAAGUGUCACGAAGGUCACAACCUGUUUGAGCUCUACACCAAAAGGAAUUUCCGCUGUGACUGCGGAAAUGGCAAGUUUGCGGACGCGCCGUGUAAACUCUUUCACGACAAGGAUGACGUCAACAGCUUGAAUAAAUACAGUCACAACUUCUUCGGAGAGUACUGCACUUGCCGCCGGCCGUAUCCGGACCCGGAAGACCAGGUUGAGGACGAAAUGAUCCAGUGUGUGUCGUGUGAGGACUGGCUGCACGGCCGGCACCUGGGCUGCGAAGUUCCAGAUUGCGUGGAGCUGCAGGAGAUGAUCUGCGAGUCGUGUAUGAACGCAAACCAGUUCCUGUGGAGCUACGCCACUCAGCUGGCGGUUCCAGGUCAGGCGCUUGAGCCGGAGGCGGCCAAGGAGAAGGGCGCCGACGCCGUUGCGGACGAGGCCGGCGAGCCGAGCAGUAAGCGAUCUCGUCCGGAAGACGGGGUCGAGCCAACGUGCAAACUGAAGGAGCUGGAGGCCACCGGCGUCAAGCGGGCCCGCUCCGGAGCUGUCUUUUGGCCUUCGGGGUGGCGAUCCAAGCUGUGCCGGUGCCACGCCUGUCAGGUGAGGCUGACGGAGGCGGGGCUCUCCUUCCUGACGGACGAGUCGGACACGGUCCUGGCCUACGAGAACAAAGGCAAGCGCGAGGAAGGCAGAGCGCCGGCUCACGACCCGCUCAUGUCGGCGCUGGACAACCUGAACCGCGUGCAGCAGCUGGAGAUCAUCCACGGUUACAACGACAUGAAAAGCGAGCUGAAGGACUUCCUGCAAAGAUUCGCCUCUGAAGGAAAGGUGGUCACCUCCGAGGACAUCCGUCAGUUCUUUGAGGGGCAGCAAAGUCGCAAAAGAAGACAAGCGGACGGGCGCUUCCACUGCGCAUGACCCCUUUGACCUUUUGCCCGUGCUUGCUCUUUUUAACGACAUCAACUCAUUUUCUCUUCUUCCUUUUCACUGCCAAAUAAAAGCCGUCCACGCUUUUUG